UCGAAAGAAAAAAAUAACUGUCAAAUUAUUUUACUUCGCGGUGGAAAUAUUAUCCGUUUGUUGUUAUAAAACUAAUUUUAGUUGCGCCAUGGCAGGUUUUACUGAAAAUGCGUUGGUUCGUAAACUACAAGAUCUGAAUUCAAGUCAACAAAGUAUUCAAACGUUGUCUUUAUGGUUAAUUCACCAUCGCAAACACCACGCUGCCGUAGUCAAAACUUGGUUUAAGGAAUUGUUAAAAGCGAAAGAUAGUAAACAACUCACAUUUAUGUAUCUGGCUAAUGAUGUGAUACAAAAUAGUAAAAAGAAAGGUCCAGAAUAUGGCAAAGAAUUUGGCGAGGUCCUUGUGCCAACUUUCCAACAUAUGGCCAAAACGGGUAUCAAUGCAAAAACCAAGCAAUCACUUCACAGAAUACUGUCCAUUUGGCAAGAGAGAGGUGUUUACGAUGCUGACAAGAUACAAGAAUUUAAAGAAGCAAUGGAUCCGAAUGAUGCAAUACCUAAUCAAGCAACUAAACGUAAAACAUCAGAGGUAAAGGAGGAGGUAAAAGAGACUGAGAAAAAGCCAAAGUUAGAGAAUAAAGAGAAAAGAGAAAGACGUAAAAGUGAAACAAAAGUGGAAAUUGAUGGUCAUGUAGAGACACAUGUAACACUUAGUCCAAAAACCCCACCCGGAGACCCUCCGGAACCUGAAGAAUUAAUUAAGGCUUUAUUAGAAUUGGAAUCAAGCGCAUCAAGUGAUGAGGCGGUGAGAGAAAGGAUCGCCUCCCUUCCUCCGGAAGUAUCGGAAGUUCAAUUAUUAUCUAAGUUAGCAGAUAAGGAAGCAGCGCUCAGUCUGAGUACUGUGGUGAAUUCAGCGGUGGAACUGCUGGCUGAAUAUAACCUGAGGUUGUCCGAGGAGUUGGAGAAGAGAAGGCGGGUUGCGGGCAUGCUCAGGGACUUCGCGCAGGCACAGAGAGACCUCGCCAAACAGGCGGAAGCCCGUCUAGAGGAAUAUAAUAUCAAACUGCAGAAAAUAUACGCAGUGAAGGCUGAAGUGAAAUCACACAUAGACAAUUUGCCAGAUGUGUCCAGAUUGCCUGAUGUUACCGGAGGUCUAGCACCUUUGCCUUCAGCGGGCGAUCUCUUCAGUAUUUGAAGUCUAUACAAACUUAUUUUAAUAUUAUGUAUAUUAAAUACAAUAUUGUAUACAAGUUAUAGCUUGGGUAAUACAAUGUGUGGA